ACAUAAUAGCAACUAACCCUGCCAACCCUUUUUAGCAAAUAUAGCAAGCUUUGCGAAACCAUGGAAGACUUAUGUGGAGCCAAGGUUGGCAACAUGGUACAUAAGGCAAAGCCAUAUGUGUUAACUGUGGGGUUGCAAUUUGGGAUGGCAGGGACAUACCUCUUCACCAUGGCAAGUCUCAACCAUGGAAUGAGUCGUUUCGUGUUCAUUGUGUAUCGCAAUGCCAUUGCUGCAUUGGCCCUUGCUCCCUUUGCCUUGAUAUUUGAAAGGAAAGUUAGGCCAAAGAUGACAUGGACCGUGUUCCUGCAGAUACUAGUACUUGGAUUUCUUGAGCCAGUGGUUGACCAAGGUUUUACUUUCUUGGGGAUGCAAUACACUUCUGCUUCCUUUGCAUCUGCUGUUAUGAAUGCCGUACCCUCUGUAACCUUUGUGCUUGCACUAUUUCUCAGGUUAGAGCGGGUAAACAUGAGGGAACUACGUAGCCAGGCGAAAGUGGUGGGAACCUUGGUGACAUUUGCUGGGGCUUUGUUAAUGACACUAUACAAAGGCCCUCAAUUUGACCUAUUUCAUCACUCAAACACAACUCACCAACAAAGUGGAAGCCAAUCCUCUCAGAAUAAUCACUCUCACUGGGUCUCAGGAACUCUCUUCAUUUGCCUGGGUUGUCUCGCUUGGUCUUCUUUCUACAUAUUGCAGUCCAUAACGGUGAAAAGGUACCCUGCGGAACUGUCACUGUCAUCGUUGAUAUGCUUGGGAGGUGCAUUGCAAAGUGCUGUGGUUGCUGUGAUUGCAGAUCGCAACCCUCGUGCAUGGGCUAUCGGUUUCGACUACACCCUCUAUGGCCCUCUAUACACUGGAAUAAUGAGUUCAGGAAUAGCAUAUUAUAUACAGGGGUUGGUAAUGCAAAGCAGAGGUCCAGUAUUUGUGACAUCCUUCAAUCCUCUUUGCAUGAUUAUUGUUACUGCUUUGGGCUCCCUUCUUCUUGGAGAGCACCUCUACCUUGGAAGUAUCAUUGGAGGCAUGAUUAUCGCAGUGGGUCUUUACUCUGUGGUGUGGGGUAAAGGCAAAGAUUAUGGAGAUGAGACGUCAUCAUCAGCAGGAAGAAUAAAAGAAACAGAAACAAUGCAGCUCCCAGUUAGCUCAAUAAAUAACAAAUGAAAGAGAAAAAUAGAAAGUGUGUGUUGACAUAG